AUGCCGAAGCCAGCAAGUUUCGGCAAAUACAAUGACCUGAACUUGACCCUGACAGAUCUACAAAAGGCAGAUGGUUGGCACUACCCGUUGACGAAGGAACAGGAGUGGGACAAAUACGGCUACGUGGUGCGGGACCAGAUCCGCUUCAGCUUGCAUGUUCAAGAUGGCCUGGUGGACGUUGUGGAGGAUUACUUGGAGACCAACAAGAAGGCCCGGGAGUGGGCCGUUCUACAGCAAUGUUCGGGUUCUUCUGACAAUUUCGUUGUCGCGUGGACAAUCGUGCGGCGAGGCCAUCGCGACCAACUGCUUCUGCCCCCCCCGCUGGAGCAGGCAGUCAAGAAGAGGCGAGCGGCAGUCACAGACAGUGUUACCGGCUUGGAAGGGGUGCGGGUUCUUGAGUAUCAGCCUUCUUCCAGCUGGGGCCUCAAUCCCAGUACUUCUCUUGAGCGCGAUCGGCUGUGGACACUUUGGGUCCAGUCAGGGGCUUCAAAUCUUCGAUUUCAGGAGAUGCAGCGGUCUGGGGCUCCGAUUGCACAGAACUCUGAUUGCCAUCGGGCUUGGGUGCUGAACAAGUUUGAGAAGUUUACCGACGAUCAACUUAAGGUACCGGCUUUCAGGCCAGACGCGAUCUCCUUCUUCCACUUCAUCGAGCAUGUGGCUGGUGGUGGGCCCACAGCGGCGAGAUCUGUCUGGCACCAGCUUCAGUUUCUGCGGGACAGGUUGGGCCUCGAUCUUCCUCUUGCCGACCUCAAGGAGUUUGUUAUGGGCAAGGCCAGGGGCCAGCCAGUGACCCAGGCGAGGGUAGUGGAACCGGCCUUCGCUGUGGGUCCGCUUUACGCACUUUCGCGUUCUGCUGGGCCAGGCAAGGUGCUGCUUCAGGUUAUCUUCAUGGCUUUGGUAUCUUGCAUACGUUGGCGCCAUCUGCAGCGCUCGUACUUUACCCAUGAGGAUGGCACUUUGCUUCAUGCCCACUGUAUUCAGGGCAAGCGCCGGGUUCAGGGCGUUCGUCCGCCCUACUCUUGGACGGCUCCGCUUCUCUCUGGGUUGUGCUCUGGUCUGCCCGGGAUAGAUGCUUCUCCCGACUGGGCUCGAGGAUUACAAGAUUGA